AUGCGACUCCUCCGUUUUAGAGGCGUUGGCAAUAUCGCGUUUACUAAAUUCUUCCUGAAGCAGGAUAAAGUUCCAAGAUACGCAGCUCUGUCUCAUCAAUGGUCGGAAGACCCAAGCUCGGAGGUCACAUUUGCUGACAUCAGAGACGGCACUGGUCUCGGAAAGCCAGGCUAUGCGAAGCUUAGAUCAUGCGGCGAACAAGCGGCCAAAGAUGGCCUGCAAUACUUUUGGCUUGACACGUGCUGCAUCAACAAAGACAAUCCUGCCGAGGUGACAGAAGCCGUUACUCGGAUGUUCCAGUGGUACCGCCAAUCCUCAAGAUGCUAUGCAUAUCUCAGGGACGUCAGCGCAGAAGGUCUUGGAGCACCCGGCUCAGUCUUACCCUCACAACUGGAGGCAGCCUUCCGGGCGAGCCGGUGGUUCACUCGUGGUUGGACGCUUCAAGAACUCCUUGCCCCAGCAUCGCUGGAGUUUUUCUCUAAGGAGUGGAUUCUGCUGGGUGACAAGGUGUCGCUGCAGAAGCCUAUCCAUGAAGUGACGGGGAUACCUCUUGAAGCACUAAGAGGGAAGCCAGUAGCCGGUUUCUCCAUCGCUGAUCGACUAUCAUGGGCACAGAAGCGGCAGACGACUCGCUCAGAGGAUAAAGCGUACUCCCUGCUUGGCCUUCUGGAUAUUGCGAUGCCGCUUAUAUAUGGUGAAGGACACAACAAGGCGACGGCCAGGCUACGACGAGAGAUCGAGAACAAGCGCCAACAAAGUGCAGAGCUGGAGAAAGCCUUGAGCAUACUACCCAAGAGCUCAUCCGCCGCAUUUGACUCGAAGGAGAACGAAGACGGACCGACUUGCCUGCUUAACACCCGUGUCGAACUACUACGUCAGAUCAAAGCAUGGGCUAACGGAGCAGACGACCGAAGCAUCUUCUGGCUUAGCGGGAUGGCCGGCACGGGCAAGUCCACGAUUGCUCGCACCAUCGCCAGAUCCCUCCACGAGCAAGGCAGACUGGGAGGAAGUUUCUUCUUCUCUCAAGGUAGCGGGAGUGACGGCCAUGCUGGCAAGCUUUUCACGACGCUCGCUUCGGAGUUAGCGAGCAGAAUACCCGGCGCGGCGCUUCAUAUCCAUGAUGCUGUAGUGGAGCACAAGAACGUGUCACAGUCCAGCAUGCAAUCUCAGUGGGAGACAUUGAUCACGAGGCCGUUGUCACUGACGGACAGUGAAGAUCUUCCUCCUACGAUAGUGUUCGUCCUCGACGCGCUUGGGGUGUGUGAUAAGGCUGGAGAUAUCGGUAAGAUUCUGGAGCUGCUGGCACUGGCGAAGAACCUGCAUACAGUCCGUUUACGCUUCCUCAUUACAAGCCGACCAGACGCCAUUAUCCGUGCUGGUUUCCGCUCGAUAUCGGAGGCGGAUCAUCAUAACGUUGUUCUUCAUGAUGUGUCUCCGACGGUGGUUGACAAAGACCUCACUCUGUUCUUCACCGAGAGUUUCCGCGCGAUGAGGACAGAACACGCACUCGAUCAUACGUGGCCGGACGAAGGAACAAUCAGACGGCUGGUAUACAUGUCGCGCGGUUUGUUCAUAUGGGCCUCGACUGCUUGCCGAUUCAUUUGCAAGGAAGGACAGUCUGCUAAGGAUCGAGCGGCUGUGAUCAUCAGCGGUCACCCUUCGAUUGCUGGUUAUGAGGAGCAACAAGACCAAAUCUAUAGCACUGUGCUCCGAGCCUGUGUUCCACCCGAUCUAGAUGAUGAGCAAAAAGCGGGGCUAUGUAACAACCUGAAUAAUGUCGUCGGAACCAUUGUUACAGUCCUCUCUCCUCUUUCGGCGGACUCUUUGGCAGGUUUACUGGACAAGGAGCCGCAGGAGAUCAGAGCAACGCUGACGGAUCUGCAUUCGAUCCUCGAUGUGCCUGACGACAGCAACCGUGCUAUCCGCCUACACCAUACUUCACUACGAGAGUACCUGCUUGAUAGCACCAGGUGCGUUGAUCCCACCUUUAGGGUUGACGAAGCGAGCGCACACAAAGCACUAGCUGAACGCUGUGUGCGUCUCAUGUCUAAAAGCCUUCGCCGAAACAUCUGCGAUCUUCCGCUGCCCGGCACGCCGAUCGACAAGAUUGACCGUACGAGAGUCGAGCAGUGUCUCCCACCUGAACUUCAAUAUGCAUGCCUCCACUGGGCGGAACAUUACCGACGGAGCGGCGCCCGCCUCCAAGAUGGCGACAGGGCUCAUCAAUUUCUCCAGAAGCAUUUUGGGCACUGGCUCGAGGCCAUCAGUCUGAUGGGAAAGUGCUCUGAGAUGGCUGCCAUACUCAGAAUAUACCAAUCACUUCUCAUGCCCGCCGAUAAUCCUAUACAAGUGCCGUUUGUGAAGAUAAUACGGCAAGCCUUGUACAAGUUUCAGGCCACCAUCGAGCAAACACCUCUCCAGAUUUACUCGAUCUCUCCUAUUUUCACGUCACAAUCUAACCACUUGCAGUAUCCUGCCAGAGGACAAAUGCAAUCAUUGCUACCGCUUGGCAACACAGAAUACAACUAUGUCGGUGAUCUCGCAUUUACACCUGAUGGUCGACGUUUGGCAUCGGGGUCUACGCACGAAUGGGCGAGAGUUUGGGAUAUCCCAAGCAGAACACGGAUCUGCAAGUACGUAGGGCAGACAGACAAAAUUAGCUCGGUGGCAAUAUCACCGGACGGAACACUACUCGCUUCAGGCUCUGAUGACUUUACUGUGGAGGUCUGGGACAUGGAGUCAAAGGUCACCAGGUGGAAGUCAGCCGCGCAUAGACGAUGGGUCAAUACCGUAUGCUUCUCACCCGAUGGGAAGCUGCUCGCGUCUGGCUCUAGUGAUGAGACCAUCCGAAUCUACAAUGCCGCGGACGGAACUUUGCAUGAGAAAAUCGAGCCGAAGCGGAGUAGCAUCAACACUGUCCACUUCUCCCCUGAUAGCUCUUUGCUCGCUUACGGAACAGCGGACCACACCAUACUUGUCUGGAACCUUGAGAAGCGCGAGACCUGUCUGAUGCUUGACGGUCACAAGCUUCCGGUCAACGCCGUUCAAUUCUCGAACGAUGGAAGGCGUAUCGUGUCGGGAUCGGACGACAUGACGGUCAGGGUUUGGAGCUCUCAAACGGGCACAGAAGUGCUGUUGAUGAAAGGCCACAGGAAGGGUAUCUGGGCUGUGUCUUUCUCGCACAAUGGCUUGACCAUUGCAUCCGGCUCUGAGGACAAGACCAUCAGGCUGUGGAAUGCAGAGACAGGCGUACUUGCGAAGACUCUGCUUGGACAUAAAAGUGGGAUCAAUUCGGUCCGCUACUCGCCAAAUGGCCAAGUUCUGGCAUCAGGAGCCUUCAACGACGAGGUAAGGCUUUGGGACGCAAGGACGGGUCGGGCAAUUGGCGAGCUUGACGACUUCGAUGAUGAAAACGCCGAGUCGGGCGCACCGUCAGUAACACUUUCGGCGUCGGACAUGAACCUAAUUCCAUUCACUCAAUCUAGGCUUCAUCCGCGCUCGCUCCUGUAG